AUGUUGGUUGGAAACCAAACCUCUAUAAAUUACUUUUUUUUAAUGGGAUUCCCUGGACUUGACCCCAGUUAUUAUGGCCUUGUCUCUGCAGUCUUAUUCUUGGUAUAUAUAUCUACCUUAUUUGGAAAUGCGAUAUUCCUUCUUCUGUUUAUAACAGACCAGAAUCUUCAAAAACCAAUGUACUUCAUCAUAUUGAACUUGGUUGUGUCUGAUGUGUUGUUCAGCACCACCACCUUACCGAAGAUCAUUGCCAGGUACUGGUUCCAGGCAGGGACCAUUUCAUUCACUGCUUGCUUUGUACAGAUGUAUUUUGUUCAUUAUUUUGGAGCCGUAAACACCUUUGUAUUACUAAUGAUGGCCAUCGACAGAUAUGUGGCAAUUUGUCACCCUCUUAGAUACUCUACGAUAAUUACAAACUCAACUAUUUUUACGCUCAGCAUCAUUUCUUGGGUGAUUGCCAUUGGCGGCCCACUGAUGAAUGCAAUUAGGGCAUUUCCUCUGCCUUACUGUGCAGAUAAUGUUAUUGUUCAGUGUUACUGUGAUUAUAUUUCAAUAAUUUCAUUGGCCUGUACUGACAGGACCCCUUACAUUUCCCCCUCAUUAUUUUUUUCAUUGGUUAUGUUACUCAUGCCUCUUACUUUUAUCAUGCUGUCUUACCUCUGUAUAGUUGUGGUGGUCCUUCAAAUCACCAGCACCCAAGGUCGCCUCAAAACCCUCUCCACCUGCAGCACUCAGCUCAUCAUAAUCACCCUCUACUACGUUCCACGGUGUUUUGUGUACCUGGCCAGCAAUGUGGGUUUGGUGUUCAGCACAGAUCUACGCAUCACCAUUAUCAUGUUCUACAGCCUCCUGCCUCCCAUGGUCAAUCCGCUCAUAUACAGCCUAAGGGCUAAAGAGGUGAAGGACAGUUUAAUCAAAUGGUUAAAGAAACAGCGUGUUGACAUACAGAAAGCCAACAUAUCUGUUAUUUCUAAAUAA